UCAGAGACCGCUGAUUGGCGGAGAGGUGGUAGCAGUUUGGGUCGCAGCACGGCUCGGUUACCAUGUGGAUUCGGGGGAGCGGGAUGGCGACGAGUGGAUCAUUUCUCAUCCGGAAAAAGAAAGCAGCCGAGGGGAGAGGCCGCAAAAGGAAGGCUGAAGGUGACGAAGAUAAAGCCCACAAGAAGCUCACUCGGAAACUGGAUGAAGAGAUUUCCAGUGACUCGGAGACAGAAAGUGUUGGACACAAUAAGAAAGAUGCUGAAGUGUUGGAGAUUGAAGAGACUGCACAAGAGAAGAAGCUGCGACUCGCCAAACUCUAUCUGGAACAACUGCGGAUGGAAGAGGAGGAGAAAGUAGAAGAGGAGCAGUUUGAGAGUGACCUGAUCGGAGGCAGACUGGAGGAGGAAGUGCUCGAACAGAAGGGAAAACUUAAACGACUUCUUGCCAAAGAUUACCUCCCUCCUGAUGUAUCCGAGAUUCGCCUGCUCCGAGGUCACCAGCUUCCAGUCACGUGUCUGGUUCUGUCCCCUGAUGAUAAAUACAUUUUCUCAGCAUCCAAAGAUUGUUCCAUCAUUAAGUGGGAUGUUACCUGUGGGAAAAAAGUUCACACGAUCCACGGAGGGCGCAAGGGCACAGAAGACCGACACAUGGGGCACACAAUGCACAUCCUCUCCAUGGCAAUCUCAUCGGAUGGCAAGUACCUGGCUACAGGAGACAGAAACAAGCUGAUCUUGAUCUGGGACCCUGCCACGUGCCAACAUCUUUACACAUUCAAAGGACAUAAAGAUGCAGUAUCGGGCCUGUCCUUUCGGAAAGGCACACAUCAGUUAUAUAGUGCCUCUCAUGACCGCUCGGUGAAGGUAUGGAAUGUCGACCAGAACGCCUAUGUUGAAACCCUGUUUGGCCACCAGGAUGCCAUCACAGGACUGGACAGCCUUAGUCGAGAACGCUGUGUUACAGCGGGGGGAAGAGACCGGACAAUCCGUGUUUGGAAGAUUGUUGAAGAAGCACAGCUUGUAUUUCAUGGUCAUGAGAGUUCCAUUGACUGCAUACAACUGAUAAAUGAGGAAUACAUGAUUUCUGGAGCUGAUGAUGGCUCCUUGGCUCUUUGGACAGUUACCAAGAAGAAGCCUCUGGUGACAGUCAGGAAAGCUCAUGGUAUCCAUGGAGACCCAGGGAUACAGCAGCCAAAUUGGAUUACCUCUGUGGCAGCAUUGCUGAACAGUGAUUUGGUUGUCUCAGGUUCACAAGAUUCUAAAAUCAGACUCUGGAAGUGUGGAGAAGGUUUUAAGACACUAGAGCCGCUGUUUGACAUUCCCAUGGUCGGCUUUGUGAACUGUUUGAAGUUUUCCAAUUCAGGUGACUUUUUGGUGGCUGGUAUGGGGCAGGAGCACAGGUUAGGCCGCUGGUGGAGACUAAAAACAGCUAAGAAUGGAAUCUGUAUUAUCCCACUGAAGAAGACACAGACCAAAGAACAAUCCGGGGACAGCAAAUAGCUGUGGUGUGAUUAACUUAUGUUUAUGCUGGAUCUUCCACACUCCACCUUGGUGACUUUGAAAGUCUAUACUUUGUGAAUAAAAUUGUGGUGAAAUUU